UUAAUAAGGUAAGAACUCCUAUUCCAUUGUGCUUAAGGCUAAUGAUGAAUGAUUGUAUAAUAGCUAGUUUUCUUAUGUGGGUGCUUGGAAACAUUACGUUGGUGGGCACUGAGCCACUGGACCCUCACCCAGCCUGUCAAUAUUCACGGAAGUUGCAAAUUCGGGCUGGUCUGCCAUCUAAGAUCUCACCGGCCCCUACAAUGUUUUCGGCGUCGGUGCCUUUGCCGGCAGAGAAUUUUGAUGAUGGAUCAACGGAGGAACCCGAGCAUCCUGAUAUGAAGGAAAAUCCACUGAAGGAAUCGGCCCCCUUUCUCCAGGAGUGGUCAUCCUACAAUGAGCCUGAAAAACAACCGCACAUAUCAUGACUCCAAGAUGAUAUAUCCUGACCUGGACGUUGCAUAAGAAAAAGGAAAUGUAACCACCGGUUUUUUCUUAGCUUAUGAGAGAAGAUAGUUAUAGUAGUAGCAUUCAGGUUUCAUCAGUGUGGAGUCAAAAAAAGCAGUCACAAGCACAUGACGACCCUACAUCAUAUUUCCACCAUUUUCUAAGUAAGAAAACAAUUUUCUACUAUUUUAUCAUUGGUUAUCGUCCGUGCAAUUUUACUAGUUUCCUUGGUCUGAAAGCCUUACCAUCAUUUUCUUCUUGCACGCGGUAAUGGCAAGAGCAUAUUGUGCAGAGGAAGAGGAUGAGUAGAAACUUGUGGUUCUCAUCCAAUCUUCAUGGAACUCUCUUUAGGUGCGAUUGUGCACUUGUUGGGUCCUUUUUUCGUGCGCUUGCACUUGUAGAAGUAUUCUGUUGUGUACAUGUAAAAUUAUUUUGAUGUGCCCUUGUUAGACGUUGAAACUUAAUGCAUGGAGUUGGUGGAUGAUGUAAUGUAUUUGAUGUGAUAUGCUACUGAAAUGAAAUAUACAUUUUAUUUGCAAUCUUUUA